CAGGGGCUAAUCUGGGAGCUGGCAGCUGUGAGUCCUGGCUCUACCACUCGACCUCUGGCGGCGAGCGGGGAGGCCCCUUCCUGACCUUCAGGGAUCUGCCAUCAUGUCCCACCGGAAGUUUUCCGCCCCUCGGCACGGACACCUGGGCUUCCUGCCUCACAAGAGGAGCCGCCGGCACCGGGGCAAGGUGAAGACGUGGCCGCGGGAUGACCCCAGCCAGCCUGUGCACCUCACGGCCUUCCUGGGCUACAAGGCGGGCAUGACCCACACUCUUCGUGAGGUGCACCGGCCGGGGCUCAAAAUUUCCAAACGGGAGGAGGUGGAGGCGGUGACAAUUGUGGAGACGCCACCCCUGGUGGUGGUGGGCGUUGUGGGCUACGUGGCCACCCCUCGAGGUCUCCGGAGCUUCAAGACCAUCUUUGCAGAACAUCUUAGUGAUGAGUGCCGGCGCCGAUUCUACAAGGACUGGCACAAGAGCAAGAAGAAAGCCUUCACCAAGGCCUGCAAGAGGUGGCGGGACACAGACGGCAAAGAGCAGCUGCAGAAAGACUUCGCCGCCAUGAAGAAGUAUUGCAAGGUCAUUCGGGUCAUCGUCCACACGCAGAUGAAACUGCUGCCCUUCCGGCAGAAGAAGGCCCAUAUCAUGGAGAUCCAGCUGAACGGCGGCACGGUGGCCGAGAAGGUGGCCUGGGCCCAGGCCCGGCUGGAGAAGCAGGUGCCAGUGCACAGUGUGUUCAGCCAGAGUGAAGUCAUUGAUGUCAUUGCUGUCACCAAGGGCCGAGGCGUCAAAGGAGUUACAAGCCGCUGGCAUACCAAGAAGCUACCGAGGAAGACGCAUAAGGGCCUGCGCAAGGUGGCCUGCAUUGGUGCCUGGCACCCAGCCCGCGUGGGCUGCUCCAUUGCCCGGGCCGGGCAGAAGGGCUAUCACCACCGCACGGAGCUCAACAAGAAGAUCUACCGCAUUGGCCGGGGGCUACACAUGGAGGAUGGGAAGCUGGUGAAGAACAAUGCAUCCACUAACUACGACGUGACUGCCAAGUCCAUCACACCGCUGCUGGACGCUGCCCCCCAGACAUGCUGGGACACAAGGCUUUGACAUCUGGGCAGUCAUAUGGGACCCUUGCCUCAGCUGUCCAAAACAUAUGGAUAUAGUCGCAAGCAAGAAAUCCCUGCUGCAUCCACAUCCUCCAAGGCUCCUCUGGAGGCACCUUCCACUCCAGCCGCUGUCAUGUGGGUAUGGAGUGUGGCAGCUUCUACUGUGGCCUGGGAGUCAGGCCACAUGGGCUCAAACUGCAUCUCCAGGACUUAGCAGCUGUGGAGCUUGGAGCAAGUGAUCCUCAGUCUCCCCCCCCAAAAAACGUAGAUUAUUGAGUAAGAUAAUGCAUGAAAAGUUCUCAGCAACUGGGCUCGGUGGCUCAGCCUGUAAUCCC